AAACAUAUCAUUGGUAUUUCAUAUUUUGCAACGCAUAGUACCUCUUAUUGUCCCUUACAUGAAACACCUCAGUCCUUAUCAAAACUCAACUAGUUGUUCACUUUUAUAUCAACUUCUGAGACGAUUUUCAUCCAUCUCAAGAGAUAAACACAGAUGGAACUCAAAGACCAACGUGAUAAUCACAAACCCAACUUUACUAAUCACGGAGUCUUGCACCACCAUGCUCGACUUGAAGCAAAUCCAAGCACACAUGACCCGCACCGGCCUCAUCGCCCACACGUUCCCCGCCAGCCGGGUCUUGGCUUUCUGCGCUCUCGCCGACGCCGGCGACAUUCGAUACGCGCGUCUUCUUUUCUCACAGAUUGAGAACCCCAAUACUUAUAUGUGGAACACCAUGAUAAGAGGCUACGCGAAAGCUCAAGUUCCUCUAAUGGGGUUCUCGUUUUUUCGCCGCAUGGUUUUGCAACACGUAGAAAUGGACGGUCUCAGUUUUGUUUAUGCGCUUAAGGCGUGCGAGAAGCUCCCAAGAAUUUCGGAGGGAAAUUCGGUCUGUUGUUUGAUAUGGAAGAUGGGUUUUGAUGCUGAUUUGCUGGUGCGAAAUGGGUUGAUACGGUUUUAUGCUGAACGUGGAUGCUUGUUUUAUGCACGCAAGAUGUUUGAUGAAUGUUCUGUGAGGGAUGUUGUUACUUGGACCACGAUGAUUGAUGGGUACGCGAAGCAGGAUUUAUCGGAUGAGGCUAUUCAAGUAUUUGAAUCGAUGCUGUUGAGUGAUGUUCAGCCAAAUGAGAUCACCAUGAUCACGAUGCUCUCAGCUUGCGGUAGCAAAGGAGAUGUUCGAAUGGGGAAGCGGAUAUAUGAUUAUGUCAUAAUGGAGAAUGUACAUUGCAGCCUAAAUUUGAGUAAUGCUGCGUUGGAUAUGUUUGCUAAAUGUGGUUGCUUGAUUGAAGCAAGGGAGAUUUUCGACUGUAUGAAAACCAGGGAUGUGUUUUCGUGGACUAGCAUGGUUAACGGGUAUGCUAAAUGUGGCGAGCUGGAUGUUGCAAGGGAGUUUUUCGACAGCAUGCCUGAAAAGAACGCAGUGUCUUGGAAUGCAAUGAUUGCAGGCUAUUCUCAGAAUAAUCAACCGAAGGAAGCUCUGAAGUUGUUUCAUGAUAUGAUGAAAGCGGGUUUGGCUCCAACCGAGCAUACUUUGGUGUGUGCGCUCUCUGCUUGUGGUCAACUGGGUUGCCUGGAUUUGGGCCAGUGGAUUCACCAUUACCACAUCAAUCCGAAAGGGCCUCGACCAAGUGUGAUAUUAAAUAAUGCACUUAUGGACAUGUAUGCUAAAUGUGGGUGUAUUGAUACAGCUGCAGGUGUCUUUAAUGAAAUGUCAGAGGGGAAUUUGGUUUCUUGGAACACCAUGAUUGCUGGAUAUGCUGCACAUGGUUAUGCCAAACAAGCUCUUAACCUCUUUGAUCAAAUGAAACAUAAAGAACUCGAGCCUGACUGUAUCACAUUCGUAGCCGUCUUGUCAGCUUGUGGCCAUGGUGGAUUAGUUUCUGAAGGUAAAGAGCAUUUCAAAAGCAUGGUAAAGGACUAUGGAAUGGAGCCCAAGGGAGAACACUACGCGUGCAUGGUGGAUUUACUCGGCCGAACUGGUCGUCUUGAAGAAGCUUAUGAUUUGAUCGGGAAUAUGCCGAUGGUACCGAGUGAAUCUGCUUGGGGCGCUCUUCUUAACGCUUCUAGGAUGCAUGGGAAUGUAGAGCUGGCUAAGAUUUCUGCUCAGAAACUUUUGGACUUGGAUCCCAAAGACAGUGGCGUCUAUGUAUUGCUGGCAAAUGCAUUUGCUAAUGACAAGGGAUGGGCUGAUGUGAGGACGGUUAGGAGCAUGAUGAGAGAGAGAGGGGUCAAGAAGAGUCCUGGCCGUAGCUUGAUAGAGAUAGAGGGUGAGUUUGAGGAAUUUUUGGUUGGUGAUGAAUCACACCCUCAAUCCAAAGAGAUUUAUAGAGUGUUAAAUGAAAUUUUGUUGUUGUCUAAUUUGGAGGACUAUAUCCCAAAUAUAACGCAAACUUGUGAACAAAGCUAUGUAUGUGGUGUUGAUUUCAAUUAUUAUUUACAUUAGGGAUUUAAACUGAUUUGUAGUUGGACACAACAUGAAAAAUUUGACAUUGGAUCGAAUUAUGAUAAGGAUCAAACUUAUACAUUUU